CGUGGGAGAUACAGUCGCAUUCUUAACUCCGGUUCUGAAGGCUGGGUCCUUCUCCUACUCGUCUACCACACUGCCUACCACAAACAAGCUACCACACUCUACACACACACACACACACAUUGCCCACCACACUGCACAUUUGGAGCAGGGAAUUCUUCUGAAGUAAGAGAUCUUAAGGACGGAUGUUGCCAUUUAUGCGGAACGUCUUCAGGUAGCGCACUGCUGAAAUACGACUGAGGCACCAUGACGAGCUUUACGUGGUUCAGUAGCUGCUGCUUCAUCGGUGUGCUGGUAGCUAUCUCUGGGGUACUGGCUGUCACUACCACUUCCGAAGCGCUAGAAACUAUUGACACUACCACCACGAUAACCACUGUUGAGUCUACCCCUCCCACCACGAUAACCACUGUUGAGUCUACCCCUCCCACCACGAUAACCACUCCUACCACGAUAACCACUUCUACCACGAUAACCACUUCUACCACGAUAACCACUCCUACCACUUCUACCACGAUAACCACUCCUACCACUUCUACCACGAUAACCACGUCUACCACUCCUACCACGAUAACCACUCCUACCACGUCUACCACGAUAACCACUCCUACCACGUCUACCACGAUAACCACUCCUACCACGUCAACCACUCCUACCACGAUAACCACUCCUACCACGUCUACCACUCCUACCACGUCUACCACGAUAACCACUCCUACCACGAUAACCACUCCUACCACGAUAACCACUCCUACCACGUCUACCACGAUAACCACUCCCACCACGGUAACCACUGCUGAGCCUACCACGAUAACUACUGAGCCUACCACGAUAACUACUGAGCCUACCCUGAUAACCACUACAGACAGUCCUACCACGAUAACAACUACUGAGCCUACCACGAUAACAACUACUGAGCCUACCACGAUAACUACUGGGCCUACCACGAUAACAACUACUGAGCCUACCACGAUAAUCAGUACAGACAGUCCUACCACGAUAACAACUACUGAGCCUACCGUGAUAACCACUACAGACAGUCCUACCACGGUAACUACUGAGCCUACCACGAUAACUACUGAGCCUACCAUGAUAACCAGUACAGACAGUCCUACCACGAUAACCACUACUGAGCCUACCGUGAUAACCACUACAGACAGUCCUACCACGAUAACCACUACUGAGCCUACCACGAUAACCAGUACAAGCAGUCCUACCACGAUAACCACUACUGACACCACCCUCCAAACCAGCAGUGAUCGUUCCACCGACAUAUCCACUGCUACAGCCUCGGCCACCACCACUGAGGGCUCCACGUGCAAGAACAACCUUCAGCUCGAGCUUCUUCUACCGAGGACGCUUAGUGCCUCGUGGGAGCCGUCAGAUGACGAACUUUAUGAAAUCUGCUGGAACUGGGCCACACGAAACCAAUCUCUCUGUAACGAAACUUUGGACACGAAUGCAACACUGACGGUUCCUGCAGGAGAGGUGAUCGACGUGCGGGUCAGCACCUCCAGCAGUGACUGCCACGGCCGAGCCUAUAUCCCAUGGCAGCUGCGAGCAGCGACCACGGCCACGACCAUCAUGGUGGAGUGGGAGUCUGGUGCGAGCCUCCUCCAGGUGUGCACCGCCCUCGGUGAUCAGGGUAGCAACAAUCGAUCCGCUCCUGUCUGCCUGCCAGUGUCUCCCAGCGUCCAGUACCACAUCUACCACGACCUCCGGCCCGACUCCGGCUACAAAGUCACUGUUACACAGAAUAAUACCUCUGCCAGCUUCCUUGUACGGACCAACCGAACGGAGAGGUCUGCGAGCCUGGCGUGGCGCUGCAACCUGGAGGAGGCGUGUGGCGACGAGGGCGCCUGCUUUCCCGCCACCGACGGCCUGGUGGCGCCCGCCCAGGGUGGCGGGAAUAUCCAGCAGCAAGACGACGUACCCGACGACUAUCCUUACACCUGUCGCUGCCUCGACGACAGCUGCACUCCCGUCCUGGAAGAUCGCGUAGUGGAAUCCUCGACGACGCUGACAACUGACGAGUACAUGGUGAUCACGCACGCCGAUUUCUCUACCAACACCAGCAGGUUGUCUCCGUCGGCGACACAGUCGUCGUACCCAGGCUGCGUUCUCCCGAACGCCUUGGCCAUCCUCAAGUAUUGGUGUGCCGGGAAGCACCAGUGUACCAUCGAGUACGAGCGUCUCCACAGCUACCUGGAAGAGUCUCAGGUCUGUCGACACAACACUGACCUCGAGGACUUCACUCUGACGGUCCGUCUGACUCAAAACACCACCAGUCCAGUCUGCCAGGAUGAGCUGUUCUUCUUCAACAACACGUGUUUCGAAACCCACGAUCCCACCGAUUUCGAAUCCGGUCGCAAUAUCUGCCUUCAGAGUGGAGGAGAUCUCGCGAGUUUCAUCAAUGAUUCGAGUUUCUACAACCACUGGACGGAAGAGUGGUGGACGCUGGGUGUUGAGGAAGGAAGCACUCGAACACCGCGACUGUUUGCCCGGACACCAGACCAGGCAUAUGUUUCAGGCGGCAAUUAUAUCCGGUGUGGGGAAGAGUGUUCGAGUAAGAGACUGCAGGUGGUGUGUGCCCUCCCGCCAGUGUUCAGGCCGCUGCCCCGCCUCACCACCUCCCUCCUCCCACCUAACGACUCCUGCGCGAACAACACCUGCCAGAAUGGAGCCACUUGCUUUCCCGCGUCCAAGGCUCUGGGUCUGGCCGACCCGUCCUUCAGCACGGCCAUGUGUCGCUGUCCGCCCGGGUACACUGGGCUCAAAUGUGAACUUCAAGCUGACAACGAGGAAAAGCUUGUUGUUGUGAACGGUGGCAACUACAGGUUCUCGACCGAUGAUUCGCUGGUGUGGAAGGUCGAGUUUGCUCUCUUCGGUCGCAACGCUUCGGUCAACCAAACAUUCUCUGGUUGCUACGCCGCCUCCGCCCUGUCGUUACUUCGCCAGAAGUGCGAUGGACGGCCGUCCUGUGAGGUGUCGCACGAGGACCUCCACAACCACCUGUCGUCCACCUGCCACCCCGCCGUCACCCCCUACCUCAGCCUCCGCCUCGCCAAACACCCCAUCGAUUCCGAAUGGCGAUGUUCCGAGGAAGCAGCAUCUCCAGACAUGACUGGAGGCUGUUUGGUUGUCCCGGACGGUAACUACUCUGACCCACAGGAAGCCAAGCUCGCUUGUAACGCCCAGGGAGGUGACAUGGCCCUUAUGUCUCUGUACAACAGUACUGUAGCUGUCUGCCCGCCUGACGUGGGGUCAGUGUGGGUAGAUGCCUGGGAUGACGCCAACGCUUUAGCGGCUUUUAAUAUGUAUGUUAAAGUUCCAGAUGCCCUAAACUGUACGGACAGAGAUGAUAUAGACGGGCAACGGUCUGUUCUUUGUGAAUACCCGAUGGUGCUCGAACAUAAUCCCCCAACAGAGGCACCAUCAACUCCAAUACCAACGCCUUCAGCAACCACCACCAACGCUUCCACACCCUCAACGGUUCCUUCAUCGACCACCACUUCCACAACUGUCACAACCUCGACUACAAGCUCUACAACCAUUGCAGCCUCGACUACAAGCUCUACAACCAUUGCAGCCUCGACUACAAGCUCUACAACGAUUGCAGCCUCGACUACAAGCUCUACAACCAUUGCAGCCUCGACUACGACACCAGGCCCCCGGCGCCCGUGCCCCGAGUGCGUCCCGCUGCCCGAGGUGUACCCUGAGUACAAGUGGAACCAAACGGAGCCAGGGGAGACACGGACGCAGAACUGUCCGGACACUAGCGACGCCAAUGCCUCUUGGACCUGUGGCUCCGACGGCCACUGGAUCGACGAGCCAGAUCUCAGCGCCUGCAGCAAUCUGCAGCUGGAGGAGUGGGCGUCUGCGCUGUCCGACAACUCCACCAACACUACGGCCGGGGACAUAUUAACGGACUUCGUCGCUAACACCACCAGCACCAACAUGGCGCCAGGCGACGUGGCGGGGACUGUGAAUCUGCUGGAGGCGGCAGGGGAACGCCACAGGAGAGACCGGCAAGGCUUGACAGAUCCCGACCAGAUCCUUAACGUCACCAGCACCUACGUCAGCUCCGUCUCCCUGGUCGUCGACAGGCUCCUGAAGCAGGCGCAGGUGUGGUUUGGGCUGCCGGAGGCGCCUCGCCGCAGGAAUUGUACCGUAAUGCAGGAGCUUCUACAGUCGGCGGUGGAGGAGAUGGCGCAGCUGCUGGAUGCCCAGAGCAAGAGCUACCAUCGUGAGACCGUGGGUGUGGAGGCGGAGAGCUUCAACCGACAGCACUAUGCUGACGACAACAACCGCAUCUACACCCACAGUAAUGAUUCUGGCAGCAAAAUAGAGCUUCUGGAGAGCCUCCAACAGUCUGGUAGAACGGCUGAUCAGGUGGCUGUCACUUUUAUGGAGUUUACAACUCUCCAGUGCGUUCUCGGGCGAGGGAUUAUCUGCAACCCUGCGGGUCUGCAGACGGCGCUGGCCACAGGAGGAGUAGUGUACCCUCUCCAGGAAGUAGUUAAUGGGUACAUAAUGGGCAUGACUCUCAAUGACACCCUCAGGAGCGUCGAGUCCCCUCAAGGCGCCGCCGAUAACCCGAGGGUCAGGAUCACUUUCAGGCACAUCUUUUCAGGCGACAGGUACAACUUAAAUGGGAGCAGCAAGUUGUGCGUGUGGUGGGACCCGGUCUCCAGCUCCUGGUCCCCGGAUGGCUGCUGGCUCGACUCCAGUAGCGACUACUUCAGCGUCUGCUCCUGUAACCACCUCACAAACUUCGCCAUCAUCAUGGACAUCAACGGCAUCAUCGAUGUUAAUGAUCCUGUGCUGGUGCUGAUCACAGACAUCGGCUGCGGAUUGUCGUUGGUGUGCCUGGCCGCAGCGGUCGUCACCCUGGUCGUCAUGAUCCGGGGACGACAGGUCGUCAGUACCACCAGCGUCGUCAUUCACCUCAACUUGUGCUGCUGCCUCUUCGUCUCCACGGUGGUGUUGCUAGCUGGACUGGACAGCACGGAGAGCAAGGUGGGGUGCGCCGCGGUGGCCGCCAUCCUUCACUACCUUCUGCUGGCCUACUUCUGCUGGAUGGGGGUCGAGGGCGUCUGCGUUUACCUCCUGCUAGUGAGGGUGUUCCGGACGGCCACGUCACCUCUGCCCUACUAUCACGCAGUGGCCUACGGCGCCCCAGCGAUCAUCGUGAUCAUAUCUGCAUCCAUCAGUCCUGAAGGCUACGGCACCGAUAGUUUCUGUUGGCUGGAUCCUAUGGAUCAGGGACUGAUAUGGGCCUUUGCUGCGCCUGCGCUGGUCAUUCUCCUGGUGAACGUGGUGAUGUUCGUGCUCGGGGUGCGGGUGUUGGUACGCCAGCGGGAGAGUCGCUCUGGUGGCGGGAAAAAAGAAAAGAAGAGAAAAACGCUGCUGCUGAGGCGCUCCGUCACCCUGGCCACCGUGAUGGGCCUCACCUGGCUCACCGGGUUCCUCUACUUCUCUCAAGGCACGAAGGCGCUGGCGGUGAUCUUCACGCUGUUCAGCUCGCUGCAGGGCGUGAUGCUGUUCCUGGUGCUGGUGGUGGUGCCCCCAGCACCCAGGGCUUGCUUCCUCGACCUCGUCUUCUGCCGCUACUUCAAGUUCUCAAGGCCCCAGGGUAGGGCAAGUAUUGCCGCCAACACACUUGGAUUAACGCAUUCUAACUUCAGCAUCUCUGAGACCACCCCCAUCGACCCCCGGGAAUCCUCGGAGUUUGACUUCAACACCAGGGACCCCCAGGACCCUGGUGCUGACCUAGCUGGGGAUCCACCAGAUUUCACUCCUCAACCUGUGCCCAUUGACCCGCGGGGCUCCGCGGAGCUGGAUAUUCACGUCGCCAGGGACCUGAAGAAUCUUCACACGAACUGGAACCCACAGGAUCUCCGUUCGAACUGGGGAGAGGAGAACCGCCGCAAGAAUUGGGAUUUGUUAAACCGCGUACGCGACGCUGUUUCAAGGCGGCGGUGACCAGAGGUUUGAGAGCCAUUUUGAAGAUGGACAGAAUUUAGGAAACCUUCCAUUGGAGCUGCAAUGCAGAACCGGUAUCUGAAAAAUCGUAUGAGCCGGGGUUAGAGGAGCCCUUAUAUGAAUCGUCCUGGGGCGAAACCUUGGGCCAGAUUCAAGAAAGUACUUACGCAAGCACUUACGAACGUGUACAUCUUUCCUCAAUCUUUGACGGCUUUGGUUACAUUUAUUAAACAGUUUACAAGCAUGAAAACUUGCCAAUCAAU